UUUUACUUCCUUCUUCGUUCAUCCGUUGGUUCAUUCACUGACCGAGAUGAAAAAUGGCGUCGUCUUGAACAACAGUCUGAAGAAAUAUCUUGAAUCCAUGGCCAAAAUCUUACCCAGAAACAAAUAAUAAUCGCUCAGAAAACAUAGAAAUUGAUUCAGUAAAUGGCAUCCUCAAUCUCCGCCUGCUUCUUCAAUGUCAACCCCAAGUCCUGCUCCUUAACCCUCUCGCGUAGACCACUUAAACCCUCCCAAUUCCGCUGUCUCGCGCCGCCGCUGCCAUCCCUGAUUCUUCCACGAGCUUCGAAUUUUCGGUGCGGAAGAACCUCUGUUUCGUUGAUUAGGGCUAGCAGCGGUGGAGUUGAUGUUGCUGCAGCGUCGGCAGUAAGGCCCGGAGGUAGCGUGGAGAGCGAUAAGUUGUCGUCUGAUGUACGGAAUCGAGCUAUGGACGCCAUUGAUGCAUGCGGAAGGAGAGUCACCAUUGGUGAUGUGGCGAGCAAGGCGGGGCUCAAGUUGAAUGAAGCUCAGAAGGCUCUUCAGGCUCUUGCUGCAGACACCAAUGGCUUCCUAGAGGUUUCAGAUGAAGGGGAUGUUUUGUAUGUUCUUCCCAAGGAUUAUCGCUCAAAGCUGGCGGCCAAGUCUUUUAGGCUAAAAGUUGAACCCUUGUUGGAGAAGGGAAAGAUGGCAGCGGAGUAUUUAGUGAGGGUUUCUUUUGGCACCGCACUGAUCGCAUCCAUUGUUCUUGUAUAUACCACAAUAAUUGCUAUAAUCUCAAGUAGUCGGGAGGAGGACAAUCGUGGAAGAAGAGGAAGAUCUUAUGAUACUGGUUUCACAUUUUACUUGAGUCCAACUGAUUUAUUCUGGUACUGGGAUCCAUAUUAUUACAGGAGGCGUCAAUUAAGAGAAGGUGAUCGUGGGAUGAAUUUCAUUGAAUCGGUUUUCUCCUUUGUAUUUGGAGAUGGUGAUCCCAAUCAAGGUAUUGAAGAAGAGAGGUGGAAGUUGAUUGGACAAUACAUUGCUUCGAAUGGUGGUGUUGUUACUGCUGAAGAACUUGCUCCAUAUCUGGAUCUGGAGACUACUGAAAGCAUGGAUGAUGAUUCCUACAUACUCCCAGUGCUGCUACGAUUUGAUGGGCAGCCUGAGGUUGAUGAAGAGGGAAAUAUUUUAUAUCGGUUUCCAUCAUUACAACGCACUGCUGCUCCACAGAGGAGUGGGCGGAAGGAGUACGUUGGAAAGAGUUGGGCUGAUUGGGUUGGUGGUGUUGAAAAUUUUUUCAAGGAAAAGAAAUGGCAGUUUAGCAAAACAAGUACUUCAGAGAGGGCAAUGGCGAUAGGUCUCGGUGGACUUAACCUAUUUGGGGUUAUUAUUCUUGGUACCAUGUUGAAGAAUAUGACAGUUAGCCCGAGCGGGUUUGUUUCAUUUGUAUCCAGCAUUUUCCCCUUACUUCAGAUCUAUGCUGGCUCGUUCUUUGCAAUUCCAUUGAUUCGAUGGUUUUUCGUUCAAAAUAAAAAUGCCCAAAUUGUUAAACGGAAUCGAGCUAGGGAACAGCGCGCCAAGGCUCUUGUAUCACCCAAUCUAUCUCUAAGGCGGAAGCUUUUGAGUGCUCGGGACAUGGCUCAGAAAACAUUCAUCAGCCAGGACAGAAUUGUCUAUAGUACUGACAGGGACUUGUAUGAGCAAGACUAUGAGAGCCGAGAGUGGGAUCGAAGAUUCAAAGAGAUUGAAAAGUCUGACUAGAUAAAACACAUAGGUUCAGUGCAUUGUCAAAUCCAGUUAUAUAUGUUUUAUUUAAGGCCAGGCAGGACUUUCUCCCUUUUUUCAUUUUUGUACAUACUAUUGUUUCAUAGAUUCAAAGAGCAACGAGCAUGACUAACUUGUAUAAUUGACAGUUUAUCAUUGAAAAUUGAAUAUCACACCAAGGCAUACUAAUCUUUAAA